AUGGAACCCAUCCAAGAGGAACUCGUUGUUCCCGAGCAUCUUUUAGCAUUUGCUUUGUCGGAGUCCCAGACAAGUCCAACACAUCCUGUCCACGACUCUGAAGAAUCCGUUGAGGAUAUCUAUUUACAGAAGAAACGACAGAGCGUCUCGAUCAGAUCGAACAGGCAGACGCCCCUGACAGCCAAACGAGCAAUGAGUCGUCGAUCAACGCUCGAAGGCGCAGCAAGUCCUUCUCUCCUGCAGGAGCGCAGGAUGGACGAAACAUCUGAAUGGUCUAACUUUGCAGAGAAGUCUCGGAUGAGUAGCCUAUGGGAUUUACAUAAGAAGGCGAGGUUGUCUAGUUCGAACCUUCGACGUAGAACUGGGUUCAGGAUCCUUUUUGAAUAUGGCGUAUAUAUCAUGCUUUCCGCCUUUGUUUACUUGGUCCUGGUGGGACUGCCUGUAUGGAAAGGCGCCGUGUUCUGGCUAUACUGGGCGAUGCAGAACAGACUCACCUUCCACGGCGGCUGGGCGAUCGCUACAGGGAUAAUGAUCAUCUACACUUUUGCCCCCCUUUUUAUCCUAUUUGAGGAAGACGCCCCCAGCCCGGACUAUUUCAAAAAGCGCCGAAUUACCCCCAGCGCCCCGGAUACUGCGCUUCUCAUUCCCUGCUUCAAAUCUGCCCCCGUCAUUAGGCUCACCCUGGAAGCCGCUCUGAGAAUCUUCCCUGCGGCUCACAUCUUCGUCAUCGCAAACGGUGACUCCCCGAAGCCAAUCGACAACACUGAGGAGAUAUGUCGCUCCUAUGGGGUGAACCAUAUCUGGUCUCCCAUUGGAUCCAAAAUCAUCGCCAUCUUCGUUGGCUGUUACGCCGCCAAAGCCUUCCGCUAUGUCCUUCUGAUCGAUGACGAUUGCGCGCUCCCCCCUAGUUUCCUCGUUGUGAGUUCCCGGCUGACAGAUCGGGUGCGCUGUAUCGGCUACACCAUUAAAUCCGUUGACCCUCAGUCCUCAAAGAUAUCAUUCUGCCAGCAGGCUCAAGAUCUGGAGUACAAGAUGUCUGGCCUGCAUCGCACAUUCGCGGGGAGAAUCGGCAGCACUACCUUCCCUCACGGAGCGAUCUCCCUGUGGGACCGAGAGUUCCUAAAACAGGUCUUUCAGGACCAUCCGGGGUUUUCAAUCAGCGAGGACUGGUUCCUCGGAAAUAGUUGUCGUCGUAUGGGCGGCCGGAUCAAGAUGUGUAGCUCGGUGUUUGUAGGGACGGCCACGCCGUCGGCCAUCUUCUACGCUGGUGGGUCACGAAAAAGAGGAGGAUUCGGAGAGAUGACUGUAUUCAAGCAGCGUUUCCUGCGGUGGAAUUUCUUCUUCGCCAGCGGUCUCUGGUACAAUCUAUCUUAUAUCUUUGGAUCGUGGAGGCUGGGCUGGUGGGAGAUCGGGACUAAGGUGUUUGUUUUACAGGAGAUCUACGAAACAAUUGUCUAUAUUUUCGCUCCAUUCAUACUCCCCAUCUCCUUCCUACUACGCCCUGGAUUUUGUGCAAAUCUUCUAGGGAGCACGCUGGCCCUAUACCUGAUUAGCGUCGCCAUCUUCAAUGAGGUGCAUUUACGGCUGAAAAAAGAGCGAGUUCGAUGGAGAGUCCUCCUGUGGUAUUACAUACCCUAUAAACUCGCUAUUACUCUAAUCAACGUUGCUAGCUGCUACUGGUCGCUAUACAGGUAUGCCCGGUAUUUCGCGCAGAAACACCCCAGGGUUAUCGAGAACCAAGCGGCCGUAGAGGUCGUUCUGAGGCUGGAAAUCCCGAAGGAUUCCAGACCGGAUCAUCGUGGAUUGGGAAAGAGCAUGACGGUGAGGAGCUUGAUUCGAUUCCUGUAUACAACUGGCGGGCAUUGA